GGCAUGUCUCUUGGUGGCAUGGUCUCACAAUGAAGCUGGAGUUGACAGAACUGUACCCAAGUGCCAGUGAACUUCACCACAUCCAUACAAACAGGCAGAUUCAGGCAAACUGUCUGAAUUGUUUCCUUUUUCCCAUGGAAACUUAAAAUGUUGCAGCUUGCAUCUGGCCCACAAGGCAGAAGUUACCAGGCCUUUCUUCCCCUUUCUUUGUCUAUGAGUAACUUCUUACAGAGCGUCUUGCUUGCCUUUCUGCACUGAAAUGUUUACUCUGCAGCCCUUCCCUGAACUGACUUUCCUGUUUCCUCUUAUUUUCCCAGUCUAAAAUCGCUAGCUUUCCUGGAAAGUACUUUACGUGAAUACUCCCGUGUUUAAAGAUAACAUCAUGUUGCCUUUAUUCUUCCAAUGCAUCUUGGGACUUGUAUGCUGUUCCACAGACUAGUUAAACCCGUGUUGCUUCAUUUUUGAGCAAUUGAAAAGUUCGUAUACAAUUUUUUUCUUUGCUUUCUUUCACAGCCAGGGUUUUUGUCAAUUUACUAUUGUAAUGGCUUUCUUGAUGGCACAACAUAUGGUCAAUUUUGGUAAUGUUCCAGGAGGACUUGGACCUGGGGUGAGUUGUGUCAUUGUUAAUGAGCGGUGCCGUUGUUGAAUGCUGUGAACCACUUGGAUCAGCUGGACCAACUUUAGGAAUUAGCCUUAGACCUAUACCACAUAUGCUGAAAUUUUCUUUUGCUUGGCGUUACAUUAGAUUUUAAAAGAAAUGUUUAGGAAGUGUCUGUGGUGAUAGUGCAUUUGACUGCUUCUCCUUUUUAUCCUAAAACUGUGAUUUUUAAAACACACGCUUUGUAUUGUUUUGCCUUCCCUGAACUGGCCUUCCCAAGCCAAUGAAAUGCUAUACCUUCUUCCAAAUAAGGCUAUUUGAGCUAAUGUUGGUUCAUAUUCAUAUUAAUAUUGUGGUAGAUACCCUAGCAUAUUCAUUUAUGAACAUAACUUCACAACACUUUAGUACAUUAAAAAGAACCUUGAUGUUCACUGAAAGAAUAGUAUGUUCAAAUAAGAUUCAUCCUCAAAAAUCAAAGCUUAUUCUCUAAAAAUAAUUCAUCAUAUCCAAAGGAAAAUAAUAUGCAAAAACAUAUGGAAAAACUUAGUUGACAGAAUACUCAAUAGUCUUUACACGUGUUUAACAAUAAUGAUUUCUCAGCGCGUGGAAGAAGGCUCAGUAGGGAAGGUCCUGAUGCACAAAGGUGAGGAUCCAUGUUUGGACGGCCAGCACCUUUUAUUUAAAGCUGGAUCCAGUGACUCACAUUGGCAGCUCCAGCACUGGACUGAGGACAAAGCCAGGCGAAUCCUCAGAGCUCAUUAACUCAUCAACCUUGAUGAAACCAUGAGCUGCAGUCUCAGAGAGAUACUGCUUCCCAAAAUUCAGGUGGAGAACCAUCAAAGGAAAUGCUAGCUGUUGACCUCUGACCUCCCUGUACACACUCACACACUUGUAUGUGUAGCUGCAUGCCCACGUAUGCCCACCCAUAGGCACAUUUACAGACAGCAGAUACAUAUAUGCUUGAAUUCACACACAAUAAGUAAGAGGUAGACAUUUUAUAAACAUGGCAUUUGUGUGCAUAUAUACAAAGUUGUAGCCCACACAGCCUGGUAUAACUAAUGACAAAAUGGUAGAGGCAGUUCUGAUAAAGGUACAAAUGAGGCAGUGUUGCUUAAACCUCAAGUGUCUUGGUGAUGUUGGACCAGCUCAAUGAUCAAUGCCGACAUGACGUUAAGCUAGGACUCAAAAAACAGACUGAAGUAAAGCUCUUACAUUUUGAUGACUUGUACUUAGAAACUCCCCAAAGCAUCUCAUUGGAAAAUUCCAACAUCUAAAACAGGCAUCUUUAAAAACAUAAACCUGACUCAUUGUAUAAAACUCCCAUUGGUUGGGAAAAAGAACAAUAUGGAGAAAUUGAAAAUGAAACUGAUGAACUCUUAGGGUUGGAGGGGGACAGGUAGGGAAUUUUUUUUUAUUAACUUGAGUAUUUCUUAUUUACAUUUCGAGUGUUAUUCCCUUUCCUGGUUUCCGGGCCAACAUCCCCCUAACUCCUCCACCUCCCCUUCUUUAUGGGUGUUCCCUUCCCCAUCCUACCCCCAUUGCCGCCCAACCCCCAACAGUCAUGCUCACUGGGGGUUCAGUCUUAGCAGGACCCAGGGCUUCCCCUUCCACUGGUGGGAAUUUUUUUCUCUGAUGGAAAUUGUGGGAUUGUAGAUAGAGAAGGAUGGGUCCAAGAUCAAGUGUGGGGAAAGAACUUGAAUAGACAUUUUGCAUAAAAAGGAAUAUAAAUGACCUUCCCGCUCAUUAACAGAUAUUCAAGGACACACAAAAUGCUACUUUUUCCUUAAUAUUUCUCAAAGAAAUGUUGGAUUGAAAGUCUAUGUCCUAAACAUCCUUGGAUUCCACAGGGAGAUUUUUCAGGAUGGACAAGAAAAAGCACUACCUAAUGACUCAGGGUAGAGCAGAACGCAUUUGAUGGGCAGGACUUGGAGGAUGGCUUUAUGAGUAUCAUUUUAGAGGACAUUUCUUUUUUUUUUUGUUGUUCUUUUUUUCGGAGCUGGGGACCGAACCCAGGGCCUUGCGCCUCCUAGGCAAGCGCCCUACCACUGAGCUAAAUCCCCAACCCCUUUCUCGUUUCUUUUAUUCCUACUUUUUACCUCCUUCAGUUCAGAGGUGAAAUGCCCUGGAUAGCUCAAAUAUGCUCCCUAUUUAGAGAGGCUGGCCAGGGACCCUGUUCUUCCUGCCCUUACCUUUUAUAUGCAAGGUUUGGAGGUGAGAACCAUCGCUCCUCGCCUGUGUCUUCGGUCACAUCCAUACAUGGCCUUUGCAUGAAUGGAAGGAGGAUGGAAAUGAGUAACUUUAAAAUUUGCCUUUAUUUGUUACAGUUAGUGUGGGUGUGUUGCACAAGUGUGGAGAGUGGAGAACAGUUUUUCAGGAAUCAUUUGUCCCUUUCCCCAUGGGAGUUCCCAGCAUGGGACUCAAGCCACUGGUCUUGGCAGGUUGCAAGUUGCUCUCCCCACUGAGCCAUUCAUUCCACUGCCCGACAAAGCUUUAGUUUUUGUCGACUUUGUAAAGUGUAAAGAUGACAUCACUCUGAACUACUGUAGAGACUGAGUCCAUGGUGUAUUCCUUGACUGUUUGCUUUUUCAUACUUUGAAACUAUCUGCCCAAUGUCUUUUGCAAUUAGAAAUCGAAAGAUACGAAAAAGUUCUUAAUUUUUUAUAAUUGCGUCCUAUAUUAAGGAGCUAUAUGUUAGUAUUUUUAUUUUACUUUAUAAACUCCAUUAAUCUUAUAAUUUUACUAAGUAUUAAUUUAUAGAACUUAAUGAUAUUUGUGUUAUCAAAUUUGCUCUUCUUCCCGUUUUGAAUUAAACAUACCAACUCUAUAGCUCUAGCCAGAAAUCAGACACGUUUUCCUCUGGACAGCUUUGUUUUAAAACUCUGCAGUUUGCAUCUGUCACAUGAAGUAAAUCUGAAAAAGUAGAUUGUUUCACGGGCUCUGCUGAGAGGGUCUGCUAACCUGCUACUUUGAGGAGCAGAUUUCGAAAGUUUCCCAGACAGACUUACUUCAGCGCUCCUGAACCGCGUUCUUUUCCCAAAUUAGCUGCGCUCUACCUGCUUCCCCUCUCUUCUUUUACUAUUCAAGUAGUAAAUGAAUGUACCAGAGGAUUAUUUUCUAGAUGAACUUAGGGACAUGGGGUCAAUUUCACUUCCUUAAUCAGCUCUUGUAUGCGGACUUUGCUUUCAAUUUCAUUUUUUAGAAAAUAAUUUGGGAAAAUAUGAUAUUUUUGAAAUGUGUGGUAUUUCCAUUUCAGGGUUAUGUCCACACCUGAAAUUAUCUAACUGCCUAUCUGUCUUCCAGUCCACACUUGAUUUCUCGAUGGAAUACCAAUCUGUUCGUUAUUGUAGUCAUUCCUAAGAUCAGUGUAAUCUAUUUCUCCUGCAUAGUGCUGGGAUAUGGAAUGAUAUGUAAGAAAGUUAUUGGUUAUGUAGUUUUUAUUCAUUAUUGACAUUCCCCCCAACCUAUUAUAGAUGUUGGCACUUCAGUCCUAGUGGCACCUCUGGUGUUUGCUAAGCAUUGUCAAUGGCAUAAAUAUAGAAGUCAAAGCUAUCGUGUUUUCUCCUUGUAAGCAGUGGCGACUACAUUUGUAUAAACCUCUACGUGUUUAAUAUCGAACCAAGUGGAAUUUAGAUCCCAGAUUUGCCCUUUUGUAGUUUUAUUACAACCUCACACAAGCUUCCUGUGCUCUUAAUUUUACUUGUAAAAUGGAGACUCUUGUCGGAUGUGCCUCAUAAAUGUCUUAGCACGUGACAGAUCCAGAGUCUGCCACACAGUUUGCCUGGUACUUAACUUGUAGCAGAGACUUAAAAAGAAAAGCCCUAGUGUACGUAUUAUUACCUCAUGAGAUGGCUGUGUGCUUAUCUCUGGGACAAUGGAAAAGGAAUGAGAGUGAGAGCAAGCCUGCCUGGAAUAUAGGUGGUGGCUCACUGUGAGGAGAAAUCCUGUCUGUCCACCCCCGGUUUAACUUACUUCUGCUCCGUCCUCACAUGCUACGUGUCUUUUAAAAGAGUAUGCAUUUUUUCCAGUAAGAAAGAAAUGAAGAACAAGAUGCUCUUCUGCUUUCAAGGGCUCUGUUUCUUCUGUUGGAGGAAGGAAGGGUGGAGUUGAAUCAAACACUGAGCUUCUGAAACGUUAACCCUUUUCGUUCAAUUCUUUUGUUAUCAAGAGGGCUUGAAAAUGUUAGUGUGUUUAUUUUUCUCUUGUUCUUUUUUUUCUCUUCUUCUUAAAAUGCAUAGUACACAGUUAGAACACUCUUGGGGUUACUCAGAUCUGCGUGGAUAUGUGGGAAUAUCUUCAUCAUCACCAUCAACCCUUAAUGAAUUGAAUCUCUUCAUUUUAAUUCUCUUGUACAACAGGCUAUGUCAAUAUUCUCUAGUCUGGCAUGGCUAACAUUUUUAUUAUGGGACAUUAAGCUCUGUCUAUUGUCAUAGUUAGUAAAGCUCACUUUACCAGAUAUAUGAUUUGAGCAUGGAAAGAUUGUAGAACAAACAAGUUCUCUUUAUUAAUCCAUAUUAUAUAGUUGUGUUGACAACGUUUCAUAAUUUUAUUAGUGAUUGCUUCUGCAUUAAUAUCACAUGAACCUAGAACAUUUGAGUACCCCUGCUUUCCACACAGAGGGCUUUUGUGAGGACACACUGGGGCUCUCCUGAGCCCAGCUGUCUCCCAUGCUGCCUGUCUCCGUUUUCUCUGACGUGUUGGGUUGAGCUUUCUUUAGGCAAUCUUGAAACUGCUGCUCCAGUACAAACUCCUCAGCUUGCUUUCAAGUUCCCGGUGAGUGUUGGCGGAAACUUCUCUCUGUUUCCUGAGAGGAGGUUUGUGUCUCUUGACUCAGCCCUUCUUCACCUCACUAACUCUCACCCUUAUUUCACUGUCACAUUCAGUUGCUUCCAGACUGGGAUGGCUUUCUUGCUGGUAAUUCUGGAUACAGAGUUCACUACAAAUGCUGCUCAGGCCACUUCCAAUGGGUGCCACCUCUGCGAUAAGAGGAGGCGUUCUGGAUGGAUGGCAGCUGGAAGCCCUUCGCCAUAGCCCGCUCUUCUUCAACACUUAAGCAUUUACCUGGGCAUUAAGUAAUGAAAAUUUUGAAACCAUAUAUGAGGAAUACAUCCAUCUUGUACUACCUGUGUUUCCUUCUCAACAGUCACUUCUUAACUGAGGCUGGCAUCCAUGUCUUCAUUUUGGGCUGUGUCAGUGUAGGUCUCCCUAAAACAGAGGCCAACUGGAUAGAUGUAAGAUACGAUCUGGAGAAAAUUGAAAGUCUUAUUCAAUUUAUUCAUAUUGAUACUACUCUAUACACUGACAGUGACUUUCAUCCCAGUUGCAAAGUUACUGCAAUGAACUGCUUUCUCCUGGAAUUACAGGUUAUUUUGCACGAGUACAGUAACAUGACUCUUAAUGAAACAGUAAGAAACGUGCUCUACCUUGCAAACAGCACUCUGUCUUCUAACAAGAAUGUAAUAGAGUCUGGCUGCAAGGAAUGUGAGGAGCUGGAGGAGAGAAACUUCACGGAGUUUUUGCAGAGUUUUAUACAUAUUGUCCAAAUGUUCAUCAACACGUCCUGACUGCACUCGAACCUCGUCAGUGUUUCUGUUAUUAAGACACCUCCGCCUGCUGCCCAGAGGCAGCACAGCUCCAUGCAUUCGUGAUCUGCUGGGAAACCAAGCUGCCUAACAGGAAACGGUUGAGCCAUUUGGAUCCCAUGAACCCUCGGGAAUGAAGAGAGGGAAAGGGCUUUUCUCGGACUUAUUUUUGCUUGCUUAUUUUUAAUUUAUUACUUCAGUUGUGCAUAUUUGUAAUAUAACAGAAGAUGUGGAAUAAAGUUGUAUGCAUAUUUUAUCAGUUGAA